ACGUCAUAGACAUAUCAGCCAUUUUGCUUGUGGAUUCCUAAAUCUUAUAUGCAAUAGCGGGUAGCAUUAUAAUUAGUUUUUGUAUGUUUAGUGAUAGUAUAAUUAUAUAAACUACUAAAAUAUAGUAUUAACGUUUGUUGCGUUAAUAUAAAAAGAGGGCAAUGGACGAGAAAGCCUCCCUAAAAGAGCUAGAUCAGUGGAUCGAACAAUUAAAUGACUGUAAGCAAUUGACAGAAAGUCAGGUGAAAACUCUUUGCGACAAGGCCAAAGAAAUAUUGGCAAAAGAAUCCAAUGUUCAAGAAGUGAAAUGUCCAGUGACAGUAUGUGGUGAUGUACAUGGACAAUUCCAUGAUUUGAUGGAACUAUUCCGGAUAGGUGGGCGUUCUCCAGACACAAAUUAUCUAUUCAUGGGAGAUUAUGUAGAUCGUGGAUAUUAUUCUGUUGAAACUGUUACUCUUUUGGUUGCAUUAAAAGUUAGGUAUCGUGAAAGAAUAACUAUACUGCGAGGAAAUCAUGAGUCACGUCAAAUUACACAAGUUUAUGGUUUUUAUGAUGAAUGUUUACGAAAAUAUGGAAAUGCAAAUGUUUGGAAAUUCUUCACAGACCUAUUUGAUUAUUUACCACUUACCGCUUUAGUUGAUGGACAAAUAUUCUGUUUGCAUGGUGGUUUGAGCCCUUCAAUUGAUACUUUAGAUCAUAUUAGGGCUUUAGACCGUUUGCAGGAAGUUCCACAUGAAGGUCCUAUGUGUGAUCUUUUAUGGUCAGAUCCUGAUGACCGGGGUGGUUGGGGAAUCUCGCCACGUGGUGCUGGAUACACUUUUGGCCAAGAUAUUUCAGAAACAUUUAACCAUUCAAAUGGCUUGACAUUAGUAUCAAGAGCACAUCAGCUAGUUAUGGAAGGCUAUAAUUGGUGUCAUGAUCGUAAUGUUGUGACGAUAUUCUCGGCUCCUAAUUAUUGCUAUCGUUGUGGCAACCAAGCAGCAAUUAUGGAAUUAGAUGAUGCAUUAAAAUAUUCAUUCCUACAAUUUGAUCCAGCUCCUAGACGUGGUGAACCUCAUGUUACUAGAAGAACUCCAGAUUACUUCUUGUAGAUUAUUCUAUCAAUUGUGUUAAUUUAUCCAUUCCCAGUAUAAGUUUCUUCCCUUUCCAUAACAGCGUCCAGUAAAACGUCCC